CUUCUUCGACAUUUCUAUUUCUUUUUCUUUUCCGUAAGUUCAUAAUAAUGCCAGUUUGCUAAGUUCAGUGUGUCGAUCGAAAGAGGUAACAAAUAUACUCACGCUUAUACAAGCCAUGUUAGUUUCUUCUAAUCUGUGUUCGCCCAUUUCAAUUAGUAGCAUUCCUUACCACCCUUCUUAAAAAACUGCCGUCUAAUUUCCAGACAACAUUGUUGGUAAGCCAUGUUUCCAUUUUCUAUUUUCCCUCAAGCUUUUUUUUCUCCCUGGCUCACAGAUAAUGGUAUUGAGAAAUUCGAGAGUGAUAAUACCGAAUUAAGAAAAAAUACAUUGAUCACAGAUGGGCUGAUGACGGUUAUGGGUAGAUUUAUCCAGAUAAUACUCGGAUCACAACAUUCAGGGGAAAAUGUAGUUCUUAUUAAAGAUAGCUGUGGCACCUCAACGUGGCUGAUAAAACAAUACACGAUACGUAUGUUUCAAGUGGAACUAUGUGGACCAUGUUCCGUCACGGACCUAAUUGCAAUUCUGAUGGCUACCUUGUUUCUUAUUAACACAGCUGGUACGUUUAGGUAUGGACGACACAGUGCGUGGACACUUAAAACCAAUGGAUGGAUGCUUCAAAUCAAUGAAUACACGCUUGAAAUUAAUGGAUGCAUGCUUAAAAUUGAUGGAUGCAUGCUUAAAAUUAAUGGAUGUACAGUAAUUACAGUGAUACGAAUGGAUACAAGGUGAUACAAAUGGGCGAUCCCUAUUGUUCUAAAUGCAGGGUAUGUGUAUUCGAUUGCAGCCAAUUUUCUAUUUUUUUUAUAUAAAUAAAUCGUUUUUUCAUCGUAAUCCGUCCAAUAUGCUUUAUUUAAAUGUGCCUUCCAAACCAAUAGUAUAGAUUUAUGUAAUAAUUAAGACCCC